AGGAGCGCGGCUUCCAAGGAAUCAAUCGUCGCUCCCUGUACGCUCCAUUCCGGCCGGUUCGGUUCACGAAGCAUUUGUUCGCGAUCAAAUUAAUAAUCUCGCGCGUUAAAUUCGCCGUCGAGACGAAUUUCAUAAAGAAACACGCGCGCGCCGGAACUCGUCCGUUGGAAAAAGGACAGCCGGCGUGUUCGUUCGGUAGUUUUGGACAACUGGUUGCCGGAUCGGGUGCCUCAGUCCACGAUUUCGCUCCACCGGCAAGCAUGCGGCUCCUGUGGCUAAUAUGUCACCUAACAGUCGCGACCUCGUUCCCAAUACAGUUGCCGGUCACCAAAAUCUUCAGGAUACUGGAGGACACGGUGAACGACACGGAAUCGGUGCUCGAUCGCGACCACCAUGGGAAACGGGAGCACAGAGUUUGCGAGACGGUGUACUGCAACGAGAUCGCUAGGAAACUACUUCAAAGUAUGGACCCAACGGUGGAUCCUUGCGAGGAUUUUCACGAAUACAGUUGCGGUUCGUGGCAUAAACACAAUCCUAUACCGGAUAACGAAGUGGAAUGGUCCGAGGACCAGGUCAUCAUGGCAAAAACGUACAAACGUAUCAAAGAUGUCCUCGAGGAGCCAGAUAAAUCCACCGAUAUCCCGCCGGUUAAAAUGGCGAGGAAACUUUAUCGUUCUUGUAUGAACGUAGAUGCUAUCGAAAGAAGGGGUAUUAAGCCAAUUCAAGACAUCCUCGAUUCUACUGGUGGAUGGCCUAUGGCAAUGCCAUUGAAAGCAUGGAACUCUCACAAAUUCCCUUGGCAAAGGGUUGACAGGAAUCAUAUGGUAUUGAUCGGCAAUAGUGCUUUCUACAACAUCGAGUAUGAAGUUGAUCAAGAGGACACAAAACGAUACGUCCUGACGAUAGACCAGGACACAGAGUACCCUCUAUCGUCUAAGAAAGACGUGGUUAAAGUAUUCAACGACAAUGACACAUACGCGUUAGGCAUCUAUCGUAUAAUUCAAAUUUUUGCACGGGACAAAGGAUAUCACGUGCACCAGAAUCAAAUAAUAAACGACGUAGCGGAAAUGGUGUCCUUCGAGAUCGAUUUGCUAAAUAUUAUCGAAACGGAUAAAGAAUCACACGCAGCCGAGGACGACUACAAAAGAAUGACUAUCGACGAGCUGCAAAAAUGGUACAACAGUUCUGGCGUGAAAUCUCCUACGGCUAGAAUCAACUUCUUGGAAGAGAUGCAAUACGUGUUCAAGUGGGCUAACAUUAGCAUAACCGCGGACGAACCGAUUGUGGCGUACAACCCGGUAUUCCUUCAUAAAUUGGCGAGGCUACUUGGAAACACUUCGCAACGUGUGCUUGUGAACUACGUCCAGUGGAACAUGGUCAACAAAUUCUUAUCGUACACCACGCAAGAGAUGAGGAGCAUUGCCUUCAAUAUGUCCUAUUCGUCGUACAAUAUUUCGAACUAUAUGCCAAGGUGGGAAGUCUGCAUAAUCAAUAUGCAAAUGCAAAAUGCGGUGUCGUAUUUAUUUGUGAAAAAGUACAUUACAAACAGCGUCAUCGACAAGCUGAAGGAAAUGGUUCUCCGAAUAAGAGAGGAGUUAGGUGAUCGCAUAAUGCGUGCUCGUUGGCUGUCGGAAUCGGUGAAGAACUCUCUUCACCGCAAAUUAUACUCGGUUGUAACACAAAUCGGUUAUCCGGAAUGGUAUAAGGACGAUCAAGCCGUAAUUGAAUUUUACGAAGGGCUGAAAAUAAGUACCGACUAUUUUCAAAAUCUGUUAAAUUGCGCCGCACACGAAUUAAUAAGGGGUCUAAAAGAAUUUAGAGGGAUCGUCGUUAGAACCGAAUGGAUGGAUUAUCCUAUAACUGUGAAUGCAUUUUAUACCCAAACACUUAACGCAAUCAUUAUACCAGCAGCCGAAGUGCAGGAACCUUAUUUCACACCACUUUUACCGGACGCGAUCAAUUAUGCAGCCACUGGUUUCGUUAUCGGCCACGAGUUGUCCCAUAGUUUCGAUAACGAAGGAAUAAAAUUUGAUGUGGAUGGCUAUAAGUCCGGCUGGAUUUCACAGGAUGUUAUGGAUGAAUACGAGGAACGUGCAACAUGCUUUGUAAAUCAAUUUAGUAAUUACACUCUCAAUGUCACAGAUGAAGAGGGAAACUACUUGCAGCUGGACGGUGAGCUUACAGAGAAUGAAAAUUUGGCAGACUCGGUAGGCGCUCACGUAGCUUACUCAGCCUACAAGAGACUGGCAGAACACAAAUCGGAAAUGAAACUACCCGGAUUAGAACAUUUAACCGACGACCAAUUAUUCUUUUUAGAAUUCGCAAACGCCUGGUGUCAUUACGUGAGGCCAGAAUACGAAGCAGACAUAGUCAACAGUGAUGAACAUAGUCCUCCAAGAUAUCGAAUUAUUGGAUCUCUCUCGAACAUGGCCGCCUUCUCUGAAGCUUUCCAAUGUAAGCGAAACAGUCCCAUGAACCCACGACAUAAAUGUAACUUAUGGAAUUAAUUAGGCAACUGAACGAAAUGUUACUUAAUUUUGUACGAAUUUUCUAUUUGACGUAGAUAGAUCUACAAUAAUUCAAAAUAAAAUACAUGUAAAUAGA